UCCGGGCGGAGUUUACAGCGGCGCAUAUUACAUGACCUGAAGUGAGUCGCGUUAUGAAGAAACCCUCAAGAUGUCAAAAGUUUACACGCGUUUAACACGAUUUUCUUUUGUUUAUUAUGCUUUUACCAGCCGAAGACACGAGAAUUUAAGGCCGUGUGCCACAAGGAUGCUGUCCAUAACAUCAUCGCUUCACGCAAAGUCCAGGAAACCUCCAGAACAUGAGGAUGAAGCAGCAGACAAACCCAUCAAGUUCUCCACCAGCCCCGCCAGUCACAGAAGCUGGAACGUGGACCGCUCCAUGGGCAGCAACUUCCAACGGCCCUGGUGGAAAGUCCUGCCAGUCAGCCUGUUAGGAGUGGGUUUCCUCCUGUGGUGUGUGUUCAGGAAAGAGACCGAGCUAGACCAGACUCUGGAAAAAAACCUCUAUGAUCAUUUAUCAGGACUGCUGUCUGAGGAGGAAGAAGAGGAGGUCAAAAACAAACCAUCAUAGUGACUUAAACUAAAAUGGAGACUUUAUUUUUUCAUUUGCAAUGUUAAUUUAUGGUUUAAUGCUGCCUUCUGAAGUAAAAAGUUUUCUACAUCAAAUCGGCAGUCUAAAAUUUCUGGUGUUGAAAAUGUGUUGAAGUGGAUCAUCUGAAUAUGCAUUGAACAGAUUUAAAUAUUUCAGAAUUGCAAUUGUAGUUUCUCUGCUGAUUAAUAUUGUCAUUAGUGCAGUUUUUCUCAACCAUGUUCCUGGAGGACCACCGGCACUGCAUGUUUUGGGUGUCUCCUUUGUCUAUCAGACCUAGGAUUACAGGUCACCCAGUCUCCGCUUAUGAGCUGAUGAUCUGAAUGAGGCGUUUGGUUAAACAUGGAAAAUUUGCAGAUCUGGUGGUCCUGCAGGAAUGUGGUUGAGAAACACUGCAUUAGUGGACACGCUGAGAAAAUGCCUUUAUUUCUGCUACUUGAUGUGUAUAAUAAACUCAUUUUAACAUUCA